CAGUAUAAAACUGGAGCAGGGCCAUUUGAAGCAGUAUCAUCACGAGGAAACCAACCUACAUCUCAGCUCUUACCUGCUCAUCACGAUGAAGAUGAUCCUUCCUCUGACUCUCAUGGUGACGCUCUUCAGCACAGCUGGAGCUCUUAAGUGUGAAACCUGCACAAACACCCAGUGUUCAAGCACAGCUCCAGUGACCUGUACCUCAGAGACCAUGUGUGUAACAGCUUCCAUCCAAGCCACUUCAUCUGGAACUACAGUACCGCAGAUCUUCAAGGCCUGUGCGUCGUCCUCCUUGUGUCCAGCUGCAGGAACUCAGACAUUUUCACUUGAUCUGAGAGCUUCCAGUGCCGUCGCCUCUGCUCAUUGCUGCAACACAGACAACUGUAACUCAGCAACUCUGCCUUUUAAGUACACAAGAGCUUUUAGAUUCAAGAUUCAAAAAACUUUAUUACAGCCAGAUCCUUCUGCCUACAUGCUUCUAUUCUGCUGAUGCCUGACCCCUCCC